GGUACUGUGAUUGCUCACACCUGUUAAAUGGGUAAGCAACCCGCAAAACACACAGUUUGACAGAUUGUGAUAGAGACAACAGACCUCUUUUCUCUGUUGCAGAUGCCCUCGCGUGAUGCAACUAUCAAUACCACUUUAACCAAGUUUCCACCCCACAGCAGCUAAUUACGUUCAUUAAAAACUCUCGUUUUUGCAUUAUUGGAAUGGCAUCGGAAGGUGCCGUCAACACCGCAAAGGAAUUUUGCAGGAACGAAGUUUACGAAGCGGACGUGGCAUUCACGCGCGCCAGUCUCGCCGAUGUUCCCGCAAACGAUGAAGGCUUGAGGUUGCUUGCGGCAAACGGGAACUGGUCGGAGGUGCUGGCACUCGCGGAGAAGUUAGACGCACACGUUGCGGCGAAGGCGCGCCGGCAUCCAACGAGGUACGCGACGGUUUCACUCACCACCCCUGCGUGUGCGACAAGGCCUGCUCACACUGUUCCAGAGAAAGGGACGGAGGCAGGACACGCAGCUUCUCCUCCGUCGAUAGGGGUGUCGCCGUCUUUCUCCCCUGCUCUGGAAGACUGUUCUGCAGGGGUGGUGGCGCCAUCGCCGCUGUCCACAGAUGCAGCGGUGCGGAAUGCGCGACUUCCGUACGUGUUGGUGCAGGUCACGGCAAAUCUCAAAAUGCGUCGCAUCGUGGCGGCGAAAAAAGUAAUCGAUGAGUUGGGCGACGUUGAGGGGGAGGGCUUUCGGCACCCCGUUACCCGGGAAAGCUUCGCACCCUUUUCCCUCCGCCUCAUCGCCGCGUUUCUUCCCUUGUACUUCGGAGUUCCGAUGGAGGCGCAGAAGAAGUUGCACGCCCUCCUAGAAGAAUGCCUGCUGCGGGAGCGGCAGUGCGGUGCGGCGUUGCACGAAAUGUCCACGUCAGGCAGCUCACUUGACGGUGCAACGAACACGGAAUGUGUAAAGCGACUGUUGCGCAUGUGGACGCAGCGCGUUUUUCGGGUGCAGCGCGCACUUUUGCAUGUGCACAUUCACAUGAAUCAGCAAUCUCUGGCCCACUGCGUGGUGGAGCAGGUCCUUCGCAUCGACCACGAGUGGCACAAUACGUUCCGCGUGCUUUCCGAUGACCUCUACCAGCUCCGUCACGUGCUUCAUUUGCAGCAGAUCUUUUGCCUCGCGCUGCACGUCGGGGACGCACAAAAAGCCCGCGAAGUGCACCGGGCUAUCCGCCAAACAGCAACGGAACUGGAAGCGUCAUCCGCGCCGACACCACCAACCGCUCUGACUAACAGUGCUCUUCUGGCGCUGGUCGCGGAGUCGUGUGACGGGUUCUUGGCGGUGUUCCAAGGCGACUACAACGAAGCCGUUCAGCUGUUUCGUGAUGUGGUGGACCGCUGCACCGCAGCAAAGAAAGCGUUGAAGACGGGUGACCUUAUCGGCAGCGGUAGCGCAGGUCUGACGAGUGCCGCAGACGGCACCAUCAGCGAGCACGCACUGCGGUGGUGGACUUUGCAAGAAAUUUGUGCAAAUGCGCAAGUGUCGCAGGUAACGUGUAUGGCGUACUGCAGCGACGCCGAUCCGGCAAGGUUGAUACAAAACUUGUGCACCACGAUGGAAGACUACGCGAAAGCGGAGCCACAUGUGUUGUGCAACUCCGACCCGUUCGUCGAGAGUAUGGUGCGCUUCUACACACUGGCUGGCGAGCGACACGCCAACUUGGAGCGCCUUUCAGAUUUGCUGGAGGUUUUUCGUUGCGAUCGGAGUUCACUGCCAAAUUUGGAGGCUCUUGUGUAA